UUGGUCCGACGCGCAUUUUUCCCUAGUGAUACUCACCUCCUGGCAUUACGUUUACCUUCCACUAUCGCAUAAUAUUGCAACGUCUCAAGGAUUCAGUGCAGUUCGGGAUCGUCGCGAGUGACUUCGAGUGAAGUUGAGUUCGCGUGUAACAGAUAGUGAUCUGGAAAAGUGUCAGUGAAUUCUGAAGUAACUAUAACAAUCACCGCCGAGGUCAGAGAAAAACGGGUUAUGAAGCAUACAUUAUUGCUGAUCCCUCUCGUGGGGUUCCUGUCGCUGACCGGUGCCCAAUAUGGACCUCCACCACCGCGAAUCAACAUUCCCGGCGCCAUUCCCCUGCCCAUAGAGAACCGACCUGCCCCCGUCCCCAGGACUCAAAUUCCAGAGCGAUUCUUCUCGACGGACAACAAGGAUAUACAAUCCAACGCGCAACGCUUCGCCAUAUCAUCGGAGCGUCCACCUGCACCUGCUCCAGCUCCGAAGCAGUACCGGCCAGCCCCGCAGCAAGUCAUCUCGAGGCCUGCACCCAAUCGCCAUCAACAACAAUUCGAUGAUGAGAAUCGUCCCCACAGCAGCAGACAGCAACUGGAAGACGAGCGUCGGCGUAAACCGGUUGCCCAAAUUUUGCGCAAGUGGCGCGAGGAACACGAGGACGGUUCCAUCACAUGGGGCUUUGAGAAUGACGACGGUUCCUUCAAGGAAGAAACCAUCGGAAUCGAUUGCGUUACCCGCGGCCGCUAUGGUUAUGUGGAUCCCGAUGGUGAAAAGCGUGAAUACAGCUACGAAACCGGUAUCCUGUGCGACCCUAACAAGCGCGACGAGGAAGACGAAGAGGAACUGGAAGAGGAAAUACAGCUCAGAAAAACAAAACGGCCUGUACAACAGGGCCAAUUUAAUAGAAACUGAUAUCUCUAAUUUGUCUCUCGUCGACAAAGCGCUUACUCUAUUGGAGAUUUCUCUUCGAAAAAUUCACUCGAUCUAUUUGAAUAAAGUCAGGCUGCUGCUACAUUCGUCAUUAGGACUGUAUUUAUUAUAAUUGUACGACUUAAGAUUUCUAAUAAAAAAGUUCACGAUUGUGAAUAAUU